AUGCAUUUAUCAUUGGAUACCAUGAGCAUGGUGGACGACAGCUGCCUCUCACCCAGCAACUUCCACGAAAUAGGGAAAGGUGGGGGCAUCACUGCAGGGGGCCAUGUCCACAGCAUUGAUGUCAUUCUAGGCUUCAGUAAAGACCAGGACCCCCUGCUCAGUCCUGCCGGGCCCCCAGAACCCCGUAAAGUGGAUGUAGAUGGCUUGGCGGAGCCUGGGAAGCGGCAAGAGCCCUCACCACACCCGUCCUACAGCGGGCACCUAUCUGCUCUAAGAAACGGCAACACAGAGCAGCAGCAGCAGCCACACCAUGAUGUAUUCACUAACAAAUGUGAUGAAGACCUGAGCGAGCUGAAGAAUGUAGACAGUGAUGAAAGCAAGUCUCCUGAGCCAUGCAAGGACAAUCAGCCCAAGAAAAAACACAGACGUAACCGCACUACUUUCACCACCUACCAGCUGCAUGAGCUGGAGCGUGCCUUUGAGAAGUCCCACUACCCAGACGUGUACAGCCGAGAGGAGCUGGCCAUGAAAGUGAACCUGCCUGAAGUCCGAGUGCAGGUCUGGUUUCAGAACCGCAGAGCUAAAUGGCGUCGGCAGGAGAAAAUGGAUGCCAGCACCAUGAAGCUCCACGACUCACCCAUGCUCUCCUUCAACCGCUCACCGCCAGUUCAUACCAGCAUGACUCCAAUGACCAAUUCCCUCCCCUUGGACCCCUGGCUGACCUCCCCCCUGUCCAGCGCCACACCUGUCCACAGCAUUCCGGGUUUCAUGGGUCCAGCUCAAGGUCUCCAGCCCAGCUACCACAGCCACAGCUUUCUCAACUCUACUCCCCAUCCUCACUCCCAUCCUCAUCCAUCCAUGGGUCAGGGGAUGCAGAGUAUGGCUCCUCCUCCUUAUCAGUGUCCAGCACCGUAUCCUGAAAAAUACCCUCUGGAGGACAUGGACCAACGAAGCUCUAGUAUCGCUGCACUGAGGAUGAAAGCCAAGGAACACAUCCAAUCUAUGGACAAAACCUGGCAACCCAUGUGA